AUGUUCAACGCCCCUCGACGGAUGGGAGGCGGAUCCCUCUCGUCCUCUGCUUUCCUCACUUCACCAGGUCUAUCUUCAUCAGGAUAUAACGACCCCUUAGCUUCGACCGUCCCUGCUCCAGGUGCAGGUGGUUUCGGCGAUGUUGAUCCCUGGUCUGCUGUUCCCAGUCCAGCUAGAUCUGGUACGCCCAGAGCAAGUGUCGAUGAGAUCAGAGAUGGUAUAAGUGGCGGAUCUGCAGGCAGAGAAGGACUGAAUGGUUUGAUCAAUGAUCCACCUGCGAUAUACGUCUCCCUGUUCGAUCAGAUAGAUACCAGCAGUGCCGGUCAUGUAUCAUUGGCAUCUGUACAGAGAUUGUUAACCACUUCCAGAUUACCAGCUUUGACCGUCGAAAAGAUCAUCAAUUUGACUUCACGAGACAAAUCAUCUUUAGCUCGACAAGAAUUUUUCUGCGCCUUGGCUUUGGUGGCCUUAGCACAAUCAUCCUCAGAAGACGAUGAAAUCUCCAUUGAGAGAUUAUCAGCAUCCAUACCGAAUUUGCCUCUUCCAGACCUGAAACCUUCAACAUCCCACAACACUCUAUCAGCUCCUCCGACAGGAUAUGAUCUUGGAGGAUCUCCAUCCUCUUCUUCGGCCUCGCACGGUCUCACUCCCUCUGCCUCAACGGGAUUCAAUGCAUGGGACACUACACCGCGUACGAACGGGCUUUCAGAUCAUCAUAUCUCAGUGGGAGGAGGGAGUGGGAAUCAGCAUGCAUCAAGUGGAUAUAGUGCUAAUGGCAGUGCAUUCAGAUCGGAUGGUGUAUUAGAUGAAAGUCAGUUGGGCUAUUGGAAGGAUCUGGAACAAGUUGAGGUCGCUUUGAUACCUGAGAAAGAAGGUUGGUUCUUACAGAAAUAUAGGGUUGAAUCGGAUAAACGAUCAUCUGGACCUGUGUCACGAAGAUAUAGUGAUUUCGUUUGGUUACUAGAUUGUCUCAUCAAGCGUUAUCCCUUCCGAUUACUACCCUCACUCCCACCAAAACGUAUAGGUCCUGACGCUUCGUUCCUUGAAGCUCGUCGUAAAGCCCUAAAGCGGUUCAUCAACUUCGUCGUCAACCACCCAGUCAUCAAAGACGACGGGGCACUCAACGUAUUCCUCACGGAGGGAGCAUUCGAAUCAUGGCGAAAACGUACAAAAGUAUCUACCGAUGAAGAAUCACAUAGCAAAAAACUCAAUACCGCUCAGGAGAUGGCUAUACCAUCGGAUCUCGAUGAGAAAUUAGGUAUAUUAAGAGAUAAUUUACCUUCGAUAUUGACCUCUUAUCAGAAAUUGGUACUUUUGUCUGAAAAAUCAUUAAAUCGAUUAAUCAACCAUUCGGCAGAUUCUAGUAGAUUAUCAUUAAGUGUACAAGCUAUUGGCGAAUCGUUAAAUAAGAGUUGUUUUAGAUGUACCAACUCUACCGACGAACAUGGCACCAUCACCAAUGGGAAUGGGAGUAGCUGUUCGUUAUGUAAAGGUGUAUCGAAGGGUUUGGAAGAUGUGGGUGAAACCUGGAUUAGAAUUGCUGAAGAAACUGAAAGAAGGGUAACGAUAAUCACGAGUCAUAUCGAAUCGCUCAAAUCUACCCGAGAUUUGUACCUCUCUUUCAGAGAUCUGUUCAUAAGGCAUGACAAAUUAUCGAAAGAUAAUGUUGACGGUUUAAGGAAGAAAGUAGAAAGUAGGAAUAAGAAGAUUGCACAGCUCAAGAACGCUGGUAAACCAGGAUGGGAAAUCGAAGUUGAUAAACUCGUUGCUGCCAAUGACCAAGAUAAUUCCAGUAUUACUUCCCUCCUAUCCCGACGGGUGUUCACCAAAGCGUGUAUGUGGCAUGAACUUUCGGUAGUUCAUCAUUCUCGUCAAGCUGCGCAGACCACCCUGGGUUGGAAGGAUUUUACAAAUGAUCAGAUUGAGGGGAUCAAGAGGUUGGAAGGUGUUUGGGAGGGGUUGAAAGAUAGAUUAGAAGGUAUGCCGGUGGAAUGA